AUGUGCUUUGGCGAUGUUGAACAUCACCUACGAGUCUUCCUUCCAUUUCGACAGGUGCUGCAGAAGCCAGAUGAUAAGCUGCUAUCUCUCCUCCUUGGGCUGGCUAUUGGUGUCAUGGCAUCACUGUCGAUAGCGCAGCUGUACCUUGAGAGUGCGAUCAGGCUUGGCCUGGUUCCGGUCACAGUUGUGUUUGGGUUUGGAGCCGCCAGUUACUACGCACUGCACAGCUACUUUCCUGUCAUCGACAAGCUCUCACUCCAGGCUGAUCAGGAUGAUGACACUGCACAGAUGUUAGAAUCUAUCGUUAUAAAUGAAGUGGAAUCCAAAGGUACCAAUGGGCCAGCCCAUCUUCGCAGCAACAGCAGUGCCUCCGUUACUGAUACUGUAGCAGUGACAACAAAUCCAGUGAGCCCUGUGCACACGAGGAGGGGCAGCACGAUCGGCACAAGGCCGAUGAAUUUGUCAUCCAGUGAGCUAUGGCGGCUUGGACUGCUGAUGAGCUUCACCAUGACGUUGCACAACUUGCCUGAGGGGUUUGCGGUUGCAUUCACAGCCUUGUCCGAUGUGGGACCGAUUGUUGCAGCAUCAAUUGCACUGCACAACAUACCAGAAGGCAUCAUCGUUGCUGCCCCGAUUUUCGCUGCAACAGGAAGCAGGUGCAAAGCUUUCGCCAUGGCUUUUGCCUCGGGGAUGUCAGAGCCAUUUGGGGCUUUCCUAGCUCUCCUGCUGGCUGGGCCAAUCCUGACACCUAACAGAUUGGAUUACAUGUUAGCGUACGUUGGCGGAGUUAUGGUGGCUGUUUGCACGUUUGAGCUGUGGCCAGAGGCUCGUAAGUGUGGCGACGAUAUCAAAAUGUAUCAGGGUAUUGGCCUGGGGGCAAUCGUAAUCGGCCUGACUCUGUAUGUUGGCACAUAA